AUGGGCAGUACAGGUGAGGCUGACAAGAAAAGGCGUCACUUUAGCUCCAUAUCGCCAGCAGGUGCUGUGGGGAAGAAACGGCCUCAUGCGCCGUUAUCUGAGGAGAAAAAGCUUGAUGCCACUGUGCUUCAGUUUCAAAAUCAAAAACUCUUGCAGAAGCUGGAAACACAGAAGGGUGAGAUUAAUGCUCUUGAAGAUAAAUUUUUGCUGUUGAAAGACAAGCAAAAAUCACAUGCGAAAAUCCUCUCUAUCGUCAAUAACUCAUGGGAAGAGCUGGUGGAUGACCUUGAAUCACGUUCUAAUUGUACACUGGACUCUGUGAGACAUGGGAGAGGUUUUGAUUGCCAUUUAGUUAAAGACGAUUGUGAAUCAGCUCCCGAGGAUGCUAUCCUGAGCCGACUCUUAGAAACAGGGGCAACCGAAAGUAGCUCAGCCUGCAUAAUUGCGAAUUCAACUGAAGAAAGGCGGAAGGUAGAUAGUGGAAACACGAUGAAGAUGAAAAACAUACUCCACAAUAUAGUAGCUUCUUUUGAUGAGCUGAACAGCUUGAAGCAUAGACUGUAUGCUGCCUCUCAGAAGGCAGUCUCAUCUAUUGGACAGGGCCAGAAAGCGGUGGUUUCUUCAGAUUUGCAGGCUGCCAUUAAGAAUUUGAGAGUACAAGUGCUUAAGCUUCACUUGAAACACAGAGAACUAGCUGGUGAACUUCAGAACCAUAGAGAUACUGAUGCAAAGAAUAAAGCUGAUUUGAAGCGUUUGGAAGGAGAGUUAGAAAGUACCAUCUCUGAAUUGGAAGAAAGUAAUCGCAAGUUGGCAGUUUCAAAAGCCGAAAGGGAUGUGACAAAGGGGCAAUUGUACCCUGUUCUCAACCGGCAAAAUAAGCACGUAAAUAGUGAUCACGCAAGGGAUAACCAGAGAGAUCUGCAAGACAUGGAGUCCACACUGAACGAGCUAGUGGAAGAAUCUACGUCUCGACUGCAAGAGCUCAAGCGACUUCAUGAAGAUAGGUUAAACAUUCUAAAACAUUUGACGAGUUUGCAGAGCAAUCUAAAGAAUGUCAAUUGUAUUCGCUCAUCCCGAGCAUAUCUCUUGCUGAAAGAUCAACUCACGAAGGCUAAAACAGAUGUUGCACAAUAUCAAGCUUUACAAGAGAAAUUUCAGGUCGAGAAAGAAAGUCUGUACUGGCGAGAAAAAGAAUUUCACAUGAAAAAUGAAUUCGUGGAUGUUCUUCAUCGAUCGUCAUCAGUUGCCAGCUCCAGAAUAAGGGACUUGGAAGUAGAAAUACAGAGACACAUUGAAGAGAGAGAUGAAAUUGAGUCCAAAAUGGAAGAAGCAUCAAAAGAACCAGGUAAGAAAGAAAUCAUUAUGGAAUUCAAAGCGUUAGUUUCGUGCUUUCCUGAGAAAAUGGGAAGCUUGCAAAAUCAGCUAGCCAAGCACAAGGAGACUGCUGCAGAUAUUCACUCUUUGCGAGCUCAUGUUGAAUCCCUAAGGAUGAUUCUCGACCGAAAGUCUAAGGAGUUGGAGGCUUUGACUUCCAGAUCCACUCAACAAAAUUCUGAAAUUGAAAAAUUACAGUCUGUGAUUAGAGACUUAAAAUGUACUGAAACAGACAUGAAGCUUUUUUUGGAAAUGUAUGAUCAUCAAUCAACUGAUCCAAGGGAAGUUAGUGAAGCUAGAAGUUCAGAGAUUAAGGCUUGGGCUCAUGUUCAAAGUCUCAAUUCUUCUCUUGAUGAACGGAAUUUGGAGUUGAGAGUUAAAGUUGCGAUUGAAGCUGAGGCAAAAGCUCAACAGACAUUAGCUGCCUCGGAAGCUGAGAUUGCAGAGCUUAGACAGAAGUUGGAGGCAUCUAAAAGGAUUAAAGCAAGACUUUCAGAUACUCUCAAGUCCAAAAAUGAAGAAACGGAUGCCUAUAUGUCCGAGAUUGAGACCAUAGGGCAGGCAUAUGAUGACAUGCAGAUUCAAAAUCAGCAGCUUUUGCAACAGAUUACCGAACGAGAUGACUGCAAUGCGAAGCUUGUUUUAGAAGGUGUGCGUGCAAGACAACAGGAAAACACCCUGCUUAUGGAAAACCAUAUGUUGGAGAAAACUGUGCAGCAGACCAAUAAAACAGUUGAUUUUCUCGAUUUCAAAGCUGGUAGACUUGAAGAUCAGUUGAAAGCAUACUCAGAUCAGCUGCGUAGACUCAAAGAUGAUAAGUCCCACAAUGCUGCUUUGGGAGAAAAUACCCAAAGAAGACUUUCGGACGUGAGGAGAUCUUGCCAGCAAGUGACGGUCACACAAGAAGAAGCUCAAUCUCAGGUUGAAAAAAGUCGCGAAUAUCUGGCCGAGUUGCAGAUAGAGCUCGAGAAAGAGAGGUUUGCCAAGAAAAGGGUAGAGGAGGAUAUUGAUGCUCUGAGGAGGAAGUUCGAACGAAUGAAAUCACAUGCUGAUGGUGCUUCCUUAGCUGAAAAGCUGAAGCUGGAGCUCACAGAAUACGAGGAAAUUCUUAAGUGCAGUGUUUGCCUCGACAGAAGAAAAGAGGUGGUCAUCACAAAAUGCUACCAUCUGUUUUGCAGCCCUUGUGUUCAGAAAAUUGUCGACUCCCGUCAUCGCAAGUGCCCAGUUUGCGCCUUGAGUUUCGGUACCAACGAUGUCAAACCUGUAUACAUCUGA